AUGGAGGCAGCUGAAAUUUCGGCACUUCGGAAACGGAUACGCACAGCCAAAACGGCAACUGGCACUGAAGCAAACAAGCUAGAGGCUGCAAUGGAGAAGUUCAGCGAAGCAGUGGACAGGUUGGACGACAAGACGCAGUCACUCCCAGAGAUUAUUGAAAGGAUUAAAACAAGUACUACAGCCGCACAAACUCUUCUGGACAACGCCAACAAAGCGCUGGCAAGGCUAAUCCGACUUCAAGAGGAGCUUGAAUUCGACCAGGAACAAAGCUCGCUUAACAGGUGUGAAGUACCGGAAAUGAAACUCGCACCAAUCCCAAUUCCAAAAUUCAGCGGAAAACUCUGGGAAUGGGAGACGUUCCGGAAAUCUUUCGACGACACCGUGAAUUCCAGAAAAACUGACAAGCUCUUUAAGUUCACUUACCUUCUUGACGCCCUCGAAGGAGACGCAGAAGAAUCUGUGAAGCAUUUCGAGGUCUCGGGAAGCACCUACCAAUUUGUGAUUGAGCAUCUGAAGGAGAAAUAUGGCGACAAACAGGCUUUGAUUGAUCAACUUUUGAAGAAUCUCCACGGAGUACGCGCCCGAACCGACAGUCUAGAAGAGCAGGAAGCACUUUGCGAGCAACUUCACUCUAUAACUUCGCAACUGACACUCAAAGGGGAACACGUCGACAAUGUUUUCCUGCAAAAGGAACUGCUUGCGAAGUUUUCGGUGGACGUUCAGAGUUUUGCGGCAGAAAACGCAGUUGAAGAACGAAGGAAAUUGGAGUACGGCAGCUUUGCUCUCAGCAGCAAGGGAGCAUAUCAAGACCGAGCUUAA